AACCCAGGCAGCUUUGGCACUAUUUGGUGGAACCAUAUGGUGGAACCAUAUUUGACAGAAUGGCCUUUUUUCGCCGCCUUGUCCACCACAUCUCUAACUCAUCUCCAUGGACUUUUCUUUUGUCAGUCUCAUUUUCCUUUUCUUCUUUCCCCAACUCUAUAAAAUCCUCAUUUCCCUACUAAUUUUUUCGCUUCCAAUCAAGGCCAACAAGCUUUCUCACGGGGUUCAACAUGCUUAUAUGUGUUUCAAUAGCCUAGUCAUGGACUCAUGGCCUCCGAUAUUGAGCUGCAACUGUAAGUAAUUUCUCUAACCUCGCUAUCUUUUUCGCCUUGUACGGUGUAUAUAUCAUUGAUGGCUAAGAUUUCACCUAUAAAUCAAUCUCUGUUGUUCUAGCUCAAGUUGUACUAAGAUAUCCUAAUAAAUAUGAUUGAUUAAUGAUUAGAAAACCCGAUCAGGGCGUGAGGGGGAUUAAUUACUACUUCUAAAACAGCUUACCUUAUAUGAUUUUCUUUAUUAAGUUUCAAAUCAUGGAAAGCAUACAUGUGUGCUUUGAUGAUUUUCAUGAACUGUGCAGGUAACUAGAGAGAAUUAAGCAACGUAGUUGGGUGAUUGAUCAUGUAUAUAUGGUGUGGACUUGAUAUUGUUCUGCCUGGCUCCCUGAAUGCCAUAUAAGAAGCUUGUCAAAAGAGAGUUAGCAGCCUUCUUACCUGGCAUGAGGGGAGUCAUGCAGGCCCAAACAAAUCCCACAUCAUGCACAUAUAUUUGAAUCAAUCCCAUAUACAUCAGCUCUACUGCAUUCCUUGAAUUUUGGUAGAGACUAAAGUUUCGUUCGAGAAUGUUGUGCUGUAAUUGCUAAACCAAAAACUCAAAGAUUGUGCAUGUGGGUACAGGAGUUAAUCAUGCAAUGCUUAUUAGUUUUUGGCGGAAUUUUUGUUGUCAGAUUGGCAAAUUUUGUGCUUAUUUUUCAAAUCCAUAUGUUAAUAUCAGGUUCCAGCCCUCGCAGUAAAUUAAUAUUUUCCUG